AUGGUGUUGAGCGGCGAUGACGGCGAGCUGGGCUGGCGGUCGGCCGUGGAGGACCUCGCGCCCGCCGCAUCGUCGGUGGUCGCCGCCAAUGUGACGGGCGGCGUCCCGGGGCUGCUGGGAGCGGCUGGCGGCGGCGCGGGCGCCGCGCUGGCGGAGCUCCUCAAGGCGCCCUCCGCCCAGAGCGUCAACGCCGUGGCGCCGCCCGCGGACAUGGAGGUGGCCGCCUCCAAGAAGAAGUGGAAAAAGGGCGGGGGAAAGAAGCACAAGUCCAAGAAGCACAAAAAGAAGGGCAAGAAAAUGAAGAAGGGGUACGAGGGAAAGCACAAGAAAUGGAAGGGUAAGAAAGGCCACCAUAAAAAAGACAAACACAAGAAAAAGUAUGCCAUGAAGAAGGGAAAGAAGAAAAAGCACAAAGAUGAAGGGGGUUACUUCAAGAAGCACAAAAAGGGCAAGAAGGGUAAGAAGGGUCACAAGUAUGUGAAGAAGGGUAAGUACGACAAGGGGCACUCGACCAAAGGUAAGCAUGAUAUCCAUAAGCUUAACGAGAAGAAAAAGAUCAAGCACUUCCAUGACAAAAAGUACUCAUCAGGCCACAAAGAAAAGAAGGGGGGCAAAAAGAAGAAGUGGAAGAAGAAGAAGGGCAAAAGCUUCAAGAAGGGACACAAGAAGAAGGGGAAGAAGUCCAAGAAGUGGGGAAAGAAGGGAAAGAAGUCCUCUGGAAAGCACCACAAGUCGAGCAAGGGCCACAAGAAGAAAGGAGGAAAGAAGAAGCAUCACAGUCACAAGAGCAAGUACGGCAAGAAGGGAGGCAAGAAGAAGCACAAGAAGUGGGGAUACAAGAAGGGGCACUAGUUGUGCAGCCCCUGUCGCUCAAAUCUAGUCAUUGCACUGCUCGAUAAUAGUGCACUCUAGGAUGGUGUCGGCAGGUUGACUGUCAAGGUACCGAUGGACGAUCCCGAGAGAGGCAGCCUGCCGGCUGAUAUUUGUUGUUGUUGUUGUUGUUGUAGUUGUUAUUUGUUUUGUUAAGUUUGAACUCUUUAAGGAAUAAUUUAUUGAACUAUUUUUCAAUAAGUGUACCCAUCUCCGCUUUGACAAUGAGUGUCUUAUGACGCAUGCAUCGGAUUGUCUAAAUGAAUUCAAAGCCGUAGAUGGUA